UGGCCGCGGUCCCCGCGGUGUAGGCGAAGGAAGAGGGAAGAAGAAGAGGAGGAGGGGGAGAAGAGGGGGGGAGGAGGAGGACGAGGAAGAGGACGAGGAGGGGGAGAGGAGGAGGAGGAUAGGAUGGCGAGUGCGGCUCCCGGUCCGGGUCCCGGUCCGGGUCCCGGUCCGUUCGGCGUCACGGCCAAGGCGCUGCUGGGCGAGAAGGUCGCGUCCGGCACGUCGGACCUCGUCUCGCUCUCACGGCAGAUCCUCAAAGGGUCCCGCAGCGCGGAGCUCCUGGGUCAGGCAGCACGCAACAUGGCCGCCCAAGAGGAUGCCCUCCUGAGAUCUGAAGAUAACAUGAAAAAGAUGCAGAUAAUAACGUCGCAUCUCCAAUACCAGCAGGAGUCCAUACAGAAAAACGUUGAGAUUUCCUCAAACGUCCUCGAUCAACUCAACCACCUGCUCAAGUAGCGGCCGCCCCACCCAGACCACGGAACUAUUCACCCUUCAGCGAUUCCACGAAUUGCCGGAUUGGGGGCCGACAGGUUCCAUUCUAAGAAUUUAUUAAUUUCGUUUGGCUUCUCGAGUCCGUGUGUCUCGUGACCAUCGGUGUCAUACAUUACCCUCUCUCUUGCACGGUCUCUCUCGUCCGCGCGGUUUGUUUGUAUCGUUGUUUUCGUUCUAGCGACCUAAGAGAGGCGUUAACAUUCUAGUUUCCUUAAUUGUUUGUAAAUACAGGCGUCACCUUGCUGUGACAAACCGCUCAUUGGCCUGGGAGAGAGUUCGAGUAUCAUGACGAUGUCAGCUGGAAUUGAAGACUCAUGGGAACACGAAGGCGUCAUCGCCACGCAUCCGUGUAAACUUGUAGGUGUAAAGCGUACGUGUAAAACUGUACAUGUAUAUGCCACGCAGUCAGAUGCAAAGUCAAAACACGUGCAUGUACAGUAAAACUAUGCAGUACACUGUAAAAAAUAACAAGCAAAUUGUACAUUUGGCGGUGCGCACGAUCGUUCCACGCGAGGUCGGCUCUCACUCACCUCCCAAGUCUCAUUGUACAGAAAAACGCGACGCAAUUAACGGAGUAGAAUCUCUGGUGGUCACGUGUGUAAACCUUCGACACUCGUGCGACACGAGUGUCGAAUUUCAUUUGUGACUUUAAACCCAGAGUCCCGAGGAGCGCUGUAGGGAUGAGUGUUGCGCUCGUUUACCCUUGUGACGUUUUUUGAGGAGGUUCCUGCCAAGUCUUUGCAGGAAGGGGGGCAAUCAUUGCCACGUAGAUUCCCAUCGAGUAAUUUGCGGUUUAAUUAUUCAAACGUGGUUAAUGUGAUCCUUGACGUCGGCACACAACGGCCUACUCUUGGGAAUGACGCCAUGGGAUCUUUGACGUGCACUGUUGAGCGGACGAAGUCGUUUUGGCUGUGUGACCGUUGGAAUUUUUUUUAGCUGCUCGGCUCAAUGGGCCUCAAAAAAUAAACGGAAUCGACAGAC